UGAAAAGCUGAUUGACUUGAAAAUUGUAUCGAAGGUUGAAAAAUUACCUUUUACUUAUUUUGAUAUGUUGUGAAUUAAAUAACAGUUUGAUGGUAUGGGAAAUUGUAUAAAAACAUGAAACACAUUAUGGUUUAUUGAAAAUUAAAGUUAAAAUAGCUUAGUAUUGUAACUUUAUGUUACUAAUUCGAAAUGGUGAUUCAGAAGACUUGGAGUAAUGUUGAUGUAGCAAAUAAUGCUAUUCCAACAGAAAAUCAGCCAGCUACUUCAUGGAACUUUCAAGCUCCUGUUAAAGGAUUAACUAAUCGUGCAAACUCAACAAGUAAUAUGCAAACGAAACAACCAAUAACUCGACAGAUAGCUAUAAAUACCUUAGCCACAAUGCACAGGCGCUUUAGCCUUCCUGGUCCUGUGCAGCCACAUUCGAGGCCGAUUGCCGAGUUUCGUGCCAGUGCUAAUAAAUCAUUAGAUAUGCUUCGUCAAACAAUACAGUCAGCUGUUACAAGAGAGAUUGACCAAGUCAUCAAAAAGUACUUAGAGAAAUUUUUUGUCCCUGCUGUCAACAAUAUUAGAUUAAAUUUGGGUGAUGAAUCUGUUAGUGAAGAUCAAGUAAGAGCAGUAUGUCGGGCAAUGCUAGAUGCAACCAGAUUGUUGUACACCACACCGUCGCGUCCUACAACCACAACUAAUGAUAUGUGUGAAAGUACCAAUGAGACAGCUGAAAGAUUUACUAAGCAAACUUUACAGAAUCAAUUACAAAGUAAAAGAAAAGAGCAAGAUGCGGAAUCAGAAUUGAAUAAUAAAUGUAAAAAGAUUAAACAAGAACAAACAGUUGAGAAUGCUGUAUCUCCCCUGUCCGCCCAAUCAAUAAGAGAUCCAGAGAAGUGGAAUCCUGCUAGAUUAACUCAAGAUACACUAUUUAUAAUGGGAUCUCAUGCUCAUAAGGUUUUGGGACUGGGUAAUGCAAGAGGGCGACUAUACACCAGACAUUCAGGCUUGCUCAGAUACCCUGCCGAUACUCUAGACAAGGAAUGGAUAGCCAGUCACAACCUAGUCAAUGCUGUCGGAGGAAAGACUUAUAUAAUGGUUUUAGAAGAUAUUGAAGAACUUGCAACCAGUGAUACUUAUAAGCAUAACUCUUUGCCUAUGCUCGGUGAAUUAACAGGAUUUAAAGUGCCACCAUUUAUGUUGAGAAAGAUAAAAGCAUAUGUAUUAAAGAAAAUGCUAAGUGACGAAAUUGGCAAUGCGGAUAGUCCUCAACCAUCAACAAGUGCAACAAAUCAGGAAGAUAAAUACAAAGUGGAUGAUAUAAAAUUGGAGUGUCAUGAUAAUUUUGAUAGCAGUAAUUUUAAUGCCAGUCAGUAUAUGACUAAUCCAGAUACUGGCAGAGAGUAUGCUGAUGUAUCGAAUAUGCUUAAAGAAGAUACAGAUUUUGCAGAUAUCAAAGUAGAGGAUAUGGAUGAUAUAAAAGUUGAUGGUUUCAAAGUUGAUGAUUUGGAUGCGAUAAAAGUUGAUACAAUCAAAGUCGAAGAUAUUGAUGUUAGUGAUAUUAAAGUUGAAAAUAUCGAUGAUAUAAAUGUUGAAGGGAUAAAAGUUGAGGAUAUAAAAUUGGAAAAUGAAGAUGCAUUUUCUCUUUGUAAACAAACAGAUGAUGUGCAGAAUCAUUUAGUUGAUGGUUUGCUUGAAGCUGACAUAGAGUUUUUGAGUCGUAAUUUAGGGAACAUCGAAAGUGACGCGGAUGCAAGGAAGACGAUCGAGAAAUUAACAGGAGCAAACCCAGAUACAAUCACUUUGGUGGGAGAUGAAUUUGAUUUAGGAACAACACUCAACACAGAUAAUUUUGAGGGUAGUCAGAACACGAAGUGUAUCACAGUGGCAUCGACCACCAGUGGCAUGGUGCACAGCGUGCCCGUGGCGCACCUCGCCGCGCCCGCCACGCUGCACUACUACAGCGCUGCACCGCACCGCCCCGCGCCACGCGCCGCCACACGCGCCACCACACGCGUCGCCACACGCGGCCCGCAUGCCACACUCACCAUACAGACCAUACCCACCAUACCCGCCAUACCGGCUUCCACUUCACAGAUGAUUCGAGGAUUACCAAUAAGCACGAAGUCAGGAACAAUCAGCACAGUCAUGUCUCAAGGUACUGCUGGCACUAUCAUUGGCUUCGGUACUCGGGCAUCAAACUCAGUCCUCAGUACGCCAACGCAGUACAUCAAUGUGACGACGAAAUCCUUCCCGACUGGGAACAUUCUUCACAAUGCGAUCGUUUCAAGAAACAUCGUGAACAGAAACAACACAAGUGUCUCUUUCACCGCAGUUCGUACACCAACCCAUACAGCAACGUCAAAAAUAAGUUCAGUGUUAACAAGUUCAAGUGAUUUUGAUACCAUAUCCACUAAAGAUAUGAUAGAAAAUGCAACCAGUUCUUCGGUAAUGUUAAAAAAAGUGCUAACGCUUGGUAGUUCCGGGGUGAGUAAAUCUUUCAUGAUGCAUAACACACAGAAAGUUCUGUCUACUGGUUUCGCGACUGGCUCGACCCCACCACCGAAUGUAACUAUAGUAAGUUCCGGAACAAGUGGAGGUAUUCUAAAUAAUAACCUCGGUUCCCCUAAUAUAGUAUGUCCCACAUCUGGCAAUUUAAGUGCAACUCAUGCCACAUUAUCAGCAUUAUUGGCUUCAAAUGCUGAAAACGCUCAAUGCACACAAAACUGACAAUUAUAUUAUAUCUCAGAUAAAUUAAAUUGAUCUCAUUUGUAAUGUUUUAUAAGCUUGCAGUGUUACAUAGCUGAUCUUAUCUAAGGGCCUAUGCCACAAUUUUACUACUGAUAACUACUGUAUCUGACAGUGAUAUCAUUUUUAACCUAUCUGAACCUCUAUCAGUCAGUUGUGGAACAGGCCCUUAAUCUUUUCGAAUAUCUUAGGUGUUAGUAGUAUGGUAAAUCAUAUUGAAGACUGACCAGAAAUAUAAAACCCCUUGCAAUAUUGCAAAACAUAUGCAAUUAAUUUCUUUGCAUAUAUUAGAAACAGUAAUAGCGAAAGCAAGUAACCUUGGGGUAUAUACUCUUGGUUAGACUUUAGUAAGAAUUUAGUAUUCUUCAUAUUAUAAACUAGUACAAAGACAAGAAAGAAGUCUCUAAUUGCUUAGUACAUCUUGAUGGUUGUAUUUGUGUCAAAUUAAAUAUAAUUAACCAUAUAUUAAGAUCUCAGACUUUGUUUUAAGCAUUGACAUUAGCAAGUAUAGAAAUGAGUCUAUUUGUGAUUUAUCUGAGACCUUUAGGUUAUUAUCUACCUCUUUUGUUACUUGACUGAUAAACUUUUGAUAAUCAAUGAUUUAAAAUCUAUCAGUGUCACCUUUGUUUUGUUUCCUGUAUAUUUCUUAUUGCCAUGAAUCACCCUAUACUAUAAAAAGAUCAUUUUACUAAUGUUAAAAUUAGUAAAAAAUCGGAUAUUGUAUUAUCCCAAUAUUAAGUUUAGACAUUAUUUAGAUAUAUGUGUGUUUUAAUUAUUUGGCCGCUGAUUAUGGACCUCAACAUCAACAAAAAUGUAUUUGAAAUACAAGGCCUUUAAUGUUGUUGUUUUUAUUGUUUUCUUUAUAUUAGAAAAUAAUGUCUGGAACUGACAUUGGUGACACCUUUGUAUUAAAUACGAGUAGUAUACUCUUUCCUAUAUGAGAUUACGGUUGUGUUUCUUAUGCCAGGGUAAGUUUGUGACUGCAUUAAAUCAGUAUUAUUUACUUGAUAUAUUUUUCUAAGUAUUUUAUUCGAAAUAUUCUAAUAUUGAUUUUUUAUCUUUUUAAUAUUGCUUGAAUUUUAAUGUUUCAAUGUAGUAUUUAAAAUGUAGUAGAAAUGUAAGUCAAAAAGUAGUUUUUCGUUUUAUGAUAAGAGUUACUCCUUAAAAUUACUUCAUGUUGGUAGGAAACUUUUAAAUCUCGUAGGAAUAGUAUUAAAUUAAUUGUUGAAAAGGUUUUCCGACAGUUUGUCUGUGUAAUGGGUUAAUUUUGGUAUUUGAAAUAGUUAAUAUUCUACAAUUGAGUGAGAUAAUUUUAAGCAUGUCAUUGCAUUUACAUAUGUAAUAAGUAAUUGACUGUUAUUUAAUGCAUUUUUCUAAUCUUUCUUAGAGUUUCUUGACUCUUCAUUUUAACAUUUGGAACUUAUCCAAAGUCGAAUUAGCUGAUUUAAUGUGUUUAUAUUGUUUUUUUUUUUUAAUUUAUUUUGCCUUGGCCAUAAUUUUACUAAAUUGUUUUCAGUAUUACUAGCUUUAAAGACUUAAUUACUAAGAUUAAAAUUGUCGCUUAAUACCUCUGAUGUUUAGAUUCUCAUUUAGAUAGCAUAUAUGUUAAUAUCAACUCAGCUGUCAUAUUUGAAUGAAAAAAAAAAUGUAUUGAUGGAUUUGUUACCAGAGACAUAAAACAAUUUUUAUUGAGUUACAAAUGCU